AUGUCUGCUCUGAGGAUGCAACAUUACGCAACAUUUUUGGCAUCAUUCAACUACAAGAUACAGUUCAGACCAACGAACCAACACGGCAAUGCGGACGCUUUCUCGCGUUUGCCAUUGAAGGAGAAAACACCAGCGAACGUCAUUGAAGAGACGGAUUACAUGGAGGUCAACAUGAUCGAAACGCUGCCGCUAACCGUGAAUGAGCUCGCUAGGGCUACCGCUGCGGACAAGACUGUGAAGGUGCUGAUGCAAGGCCUACAGAAUGGAAAAAUUGUUGAUCCUAAAGAACGUUUCGGUGUGGAACAACAUGAGUUCACAAUUCAGAAAGGCUGUAUCAUGCGUGGAAUACGAGUUUACAUUCCUCCGAAUUUGCGUGUAAAAGUCUUAGCCGAAUUACAUUCUACACAUUUCGGUACUAGUCGAUUAAAAACACUGGCUCGCGGAUAUGUUUGGUGGGAAAGGAUUGAUUUGCAUAUCGAGGAGAUGGUGCGCAACUGCAGUUACUGUCAAUCGACAAGGGCCGAACCUGCCAAAGUUCCUACGCAUUGCUGGGAGUCACCGUCGAGGCCGUUUGACCGCAUACAUGUGAAUUUUGCAGGGCCGUUUAAGAACACGUACUUUAUCGUGCUUGUGGACGCCUACACGAAAUGGCCUGAGGUGCGUAUUCUUAACAACAUCACCACUACAACCACAAUUCAGGUCUGCAGAGAAUAUUUCGCAACGUACGGAAUCCCUUCGGUUAUGGUGAGUGAUCAUGGAGUGCAAUUUACUUCUGAAGAGUUCCAGAAAUUCUUGAAGAUGAACGGAGUUUAUCACAAAAUGGGGGCGCCAUAUCACCCAUCAACCAACGGGCAAGCCGAACGAUUUGUUCAGACGUUCAAGGCGAAGUUAAAGAGUCUGCAGUGCGACAGAAGUACGAUGCAUGCCGAAUUGUGCAACAUACUCCUUGUUUAUCGAAAGACCAUACACCCUGCCACUGGUAAAUCACCGUCCAUGAUGUUGUAUAACCGACAAAUUCGAUCACGUCUAGAUCUGAUGGUCCCGGAUAAUGUUGCUGAAACAAAGGAAGUUGUCGGCAAAGUGCGUGACCUACUCAACGGAGCAAGAGUUGCAGCGAGAGAUUACCUCGAUAAGGAAAAGUUUGGUGUGGUUUCAGAGAAACUGGGAAAACUGCAUUACUACAUUCGUCUCGACGACGGCAGGACAUGGAAGAGGCACAUUGAUCAGCUCAGAGAAGUUGGUCCAACUCUGCCGAACCGAAGAGAUAUACCAGUUGUUAUCAAGGAUGUACCUGCUGAAACUGUGCAAACAGAUGACCUUGAUCCAGAAUUGACAGCAACGACCAGUGCGACGCAAAAAGUAGGAGCGACUACUACGAUGGGUCCGAAGGAAUCGCCAUCAGAAUCCGCUGGAGUAACAGAGAAACAAAUCGACAAAGUAACCUCCGGUUCAAGGACUGCCAACACAAGUCAUCCCAACCAGACAGACUAUCGACAAUCGCCAAGAAAAUCGGGUCGAGUAAUCCGACCGCCCAGUAGAUUGAACCUUUAA